GGCUGGGGCAGCAGCGGCAGCAGCUGUAGAAGUGUUUAACUUCAAGAUGGCAUCGACUAGUGAUCUGAAAGAAGCCACUUGCAACCAAAGUUCUUGGGACAUCUUGCUACCAGAUUUCCCUGAGGGGCCACUUUGUGAGUACCGUAAGAGGGCUUCCUUCAGCUGGAAGGAGAUGGCAGUGUUUAUAGAUGAAGAAGAUCUCAUCCAAUUCAAGAAUAGAAUCUUCUCUGCUUUUGAAAAUGAUCCUGUCUUUGCUCGUUACCCCGGAGAAGAGGUGACCCUCGAGAAGUAUCGUGAGCUGACAUUCCUGCGCUGUAAAAGGCUCUUUGAAUAUGAGUUUCUAAAACUGGAAGAUAUCAUGGAGAAACCAUUAAAAAUUAUGGUUCUUAUAAACUGCCUAGGGAUGUAUGAUUGGUCUCUGGGUACCAAAUAUUUGUUAAAUGCUCAGGUGUUCGGUGGUGCAAUUGAGAAUACUGGCUCUGAAAGGCAUCAGGAAUUCGUGAAGCAAACCAGUAACAUGGAGAUUUUUGGAUGUUUUGCUCUGACUGAAGUCAGCCAUGGCAGCAAUACCAAGGGCAUACGGACAACUGCCAGAUACGACCCCCGCACACAGAAAUUUAUCAUCAACACUCCUGAUUUUGAAGCUGCCAAGUUUUGGGUUGGCAACAUGGGGAAAAAUGCCACUCAUGCUGUCGUCUAUGCCCAGCUGUACACUCCUGAUGGGCAGUGCCACGGAUUACAUUCCUUUGUUGUGCAGAUUCGAGAUACAAAAACACUGCUUCCUAUGCCAGGGGUGAUGGUAGGUGACAUAGGAAAGAAACUUGGGCAGAAUGGUUUGGAUAAUGGAUUUGCUAUGUUUCACAAUGUCAAGAUACCUAAAGAAAACGUAUUGAACAGAACUGGAGAUGUCACAGCUGAGGGAGUAUACGUUAGCUCAUUUAAGGAUCUCAAGCAACGUUUUGGCGCUUCUCUUGGGGCUUUGUCCAGUGGUAGAGUUAUGAUCAUAGGCAUGUCUGUGGUUAAUUUAAAGCUUGCCUUAUCAAUAGCCAUUCGCUUCUCAGCCACACGCCGUCAGUUUGGACCAACAGAUGAAGAAGAAAUACCAGUCCUGGAAUACCAAAUGCAGCAAUGGCGCCUGCUUCCCUAUCUGGCAGCUACAUAUGCCUUAGACCAUUUCGCCAAGUCUUUGUUCAUGAACUUCAUAGAAUUUCACAUAGGUCUUCUGAUGAAGGAUAAGAGUCCAAGACAGGCUGAAAUUGGACGUGAGAUUCAUGCCUUGUCUACUGGUGGUAAACCACUGGCCUCCUGGACUGCCCAGCAAGCGGCCCAGGAAUGUCGAGAAGCUUGUGGAGGACAUGGUUACCUGGCCAUGAAUCGUCUAGGUGAUAUUCGAAAUGACAAUGACCCAAACUGCACCUAUGAAGGAGACAAUAAUGUUCUGCUUCAGCAAACCAGCAACUACUUACUGAGCUGGGUGAAUGCUAAACACCAAGAUAAAGCUCCUAUUGCAUCCCCUCUUGGAUCAGUAAACUUUUUGGAAGACUACAAUCAUAUUCUUGGCCAGAAAUUCACAGCCUCUAGUGUUGAAGAUUGCAUGGACUCCUCAGUUCCAUUAGCUGCAUAUAAAUGGCUGGUUUGUUACCUGCUCCGAGAAAGUGUCCUGAAAUUGAGCCACGAGAAACAGUCUGGGAAUAGUGAUUUUGAAGCAAGAAACAACAGUCAGGUAUACUACUGUCGUUCGUUAGCCAUCGCUUUCAUCGAGCAAACAGUCUUACAAAGGUAUCACGAAUACACUCAUGAUCCCGACACGCCAUCUACACUCCAGCCUGUGCUAAAGCAUCUUAGUGCUCUGUAUGGACUGUGGUCUUUAAGUAGACACAUGGCCGUGCUCUACCAAGGUGGAUAUGUUUCAGGUGAACAGCCUGGUAGAUUCAUACAGCAUGCUAUUCUGGAGCUUUGUUCCAAGUUGAAAGAUGAUGCAGUUGCCUUGGUGGAUGUCAUUGCACCUCCUGACUUCAUUCUGAACUCACCCAUUGGCAGAGCUGAUGGAGAGCUGUAUAAAAAUCUGUGGACAAUAGUCCUUCAAGGCAGCAAGGUGCUGGAGAGACCAUCAUGGUGGGCAGAAUUUUGUGUUAAUAAACCCCUUGUCGGCAAGCUGAGGUCGAGGAUGUAAAUCAAACAUGUAAGAGUGGCCCAGUAGGGCAACGAUUGAUAACAUAUUUCAGACACAGAGGAAGGAGCACAUAUUUCAAAUGAAGGAGAUUUCAUACAGAAGAUGCCAAGAGAUAGAAUGAGUUUGAAAUCAGAUAUGACCCAAUCUUAAGGACUGUUGACAUAAUGGCAAGAACAGUGCAACACAUCUGCAUGUGGUUCAUAGUAAUCAUGCUAAUGUUAAUCAGUCGCAGAUUAAAAGAAAAAAGUCUCAUUAAAGUUAAUUGCUUCUCACAGUUUCAGUACAUAUAAAACUAAAUAUUACUUUCAUCAGUGUCCUGUCAGCAAAUAGGGUCUAAAAGUCUUGUAAUUGCUGGCAUGCUACAGAAGUUAAACAUUCAAAAAAGUCUACCUUGAACUAUGAACAGACAGGCCAGUUUUACUUUUUCAAGUUUCUGGGAGAGUAUUAGCAAAGCAAAGGGGUAUUUAGAACACGGCAGGAUUUUCAGUGGGAAUAAACUUAGGAUAGCAUCACUGGAAUUGAGUAAGUGAGUUUCUUUGAAGUCCAUGAAGCUACUCUGCUUUACACUAUCUGUUCCACAACGUUUAAAAUAGUUGAUUGUUCUUUCAACGCAAGAGAUGUGAUAAAUUGACUUCCAGUUUGAGGUUUUGAUUAAUCCUCAAGUUUUGUAUCACUGUAGAUAUAACUAGUUCAAAGUUUCUCAUUCACUUGUCAUUGUUAUAUUAAUUUAUGGUAACGCAAAUGUAAAAUGAUUGUAUAACUUCACUAGUAGUUAUAAUGUUUUGGUUUUUUUCCCCUCCUAUAGUGUUAGCUUUUAAUCUCAGCAGACCAAUUGGUGCAAGUCAAUACAUGUUGGAGCUGCACCUGCUUCCUUCACGUCCAAAUUUAGUCCAGUAAUCUGGAAGUGGGUUGUUAAAAAUAAACAAAAUGAUUUCUGUUGCCAGAUGUUGUAGACAUUUAGUCAGGGACAAGAAAGUAGAAUGAUAAUUACUGCAGCUGCGGGAGAACCAUUCUUUGUAUAUGUUUAGUAAAUAUUCCCCAAGUAAUGAGUAGUUUCCUUUGCAAAUGAAGAGCCACUAGUAAGUUUUUGAAGUGCUGAAUAUUUUAUAUUUUUAAAAUAAAAUCUGGAAAGAUACUGCCUGCUUUUCUAUACUGUAUGAUCUCCCAGUUACUCUGAACUGAUCUAGGACCAAAUCCUGCUCACCGUACUCACAUGAGCUGUCCUGUUCAGGCCAGGGGGACUAUUUGUUAGGAAGGUGUCUAGGAUUCAGGGCUUAAUCCUGUGCCAUUAAAGUCAAUGGGAGUUUUAUCAUUGACUCUCAAUGGGAGCAGGACCAAACCUUAGUGGAUUUUUUUUUGUCACCAUUCUGUUCCAGCUCUACACUUAUGAUUCUGAUGAAGUGUUUCUAUGCCAGAAUUCCAAAGUUUGUAAGUCUUUAUAGUGUCAUGACUCAAAUAUUUAAUAACUGUUAUUGUGCUGGUUUUUUGUAUGCAAAUAUUACUAGAAUACAUUUAAUCAAAGUAAAGAAUAAAGUGGUAUUUUCAGUUUUUGCCAUAUGAUCUAGUAGUUAUAUUGCUCCUUCUAAAGUUUCACCAAAAUCAGAUCGAACGUGGGAGGUGUUUCACUGCUGGAAAAGCCAUUGAAAGGGCAUUUCAUUUUUAACAGUGUGCUCUCAGAGAAUCUCAAAGUACAUUUUCCAAAGCAGAAACCUUUUAAAGUUUCAGUUUAGGUUGCUAAGGGCAAUUCAAGAGAUUAGUUUAAAGUGCCGCAAAGUGAAAACUUCUUAUUUUAAGCCCUGCCUGUAGUUCUCAUUUUCUUUUUUUUUUUUUCUAUUCUUCAUUUUCCCUUUCCAGUUGUGUGGCAGAGGAUCCAAGCUCUCUUUUCCCAACUGCUUUUUCUAGCAACAUCCUUUCAUUUUUGUAGCAGUACACCGAAAUUCAGAAUGUCCCAACAGAAACUUUCUUCUAGCAACUGGUUUAUAUAAAAUAGAUGUAAACAUGGCCAGAUUUAUUAAAACUCCUCAUGCAUCAUAUCAGAAUUGUUUUUCUUUGAACUGCCUCAUCUUAUUAAUUCUAAGACUAUCCAAUAGGUGGCAUCAUCCCAUAGACAGAAUUUUAACACUGUUCCACGGAAGCAGAAGUAGCAGUACUAUGCUUAGAUCCAUACACACAGAAGGCAGGGACUCUUGCAAUUGUACUAUUUUUGUUUGUAUAAAUGUUACAUUAACUUUAAAUAUACAGCAGAGGCCCAGUCAUGAUUAGUAUCAAAAGCCUACAUUAAUGCUGUGUGUUCCUACUACGCUGAUGAGCAAAUAUCUGAGUGAUCACCAAGGGAACUGUGCAUCCCAGUUCUCCCCAUCAAUGUGACUUGUGUGAUUGGUCUCCACAGGAGAAGAGAGAGAGAUAAUGGGCAUGUCAAAGGUACGGCCAGUUAGCACAUAGCGCAAAUACCCCAACGCAUGGUCCUAUUAAUAUAUUUAUUAUUAGGAUUGUGGUAGCACCCCAAUCAGAACUGAAACCCCAUCAUGCUAAGUUCUGGACAAACUCACAGGAAGACAUAGUCCUUGCUCUGAAGAGUUUACAAUUAAAUGUGAAACCACAACUAACAGGAGGGAAGAAGUGGGGAAAAAUAGGAUAACUCAUAUGUUACUACAGAAAUUAACUACGGUAUAUGCAUAACUUGAUGGCUGUGGGUCGGUCAUUUGAGAGAUUUGAUUUUUCUUUUAAAUAUCAGCUGUCCCCAAAUGAAAUAUACUGAAAUUCAGACUUCUUAACAUGAAAUACUUUUUAAAAAAAAACACUAAAGAUGGGCACCACUGAUGUAUACCCUAUAAACACUUACACAGUUAUACAUAGAACUAAUAUUUGCUAUAUUACAUCAGUGCACAUAUGACUUAGGGGAAAUUUUCAUUAGCCAUAUUACAGUUAUUCUUUUAAAAUUCACCACUCUGCCCAAAAACAUUAAAAAAGACAAACUAAAUAAUAGUUCUGUCUUUGUAAGAGCAAGAGACAGACAGUAAUUUUGGCCUCCACCACCUGGCUCUGGUGCCACAGUCAACUAGCAAACCCUCUUCCCAGAACUAUGUUGGUAAGACAAAAAUAAUAAUAAAUUUCAAACAUGGGUGGAAGAGCUGUGUGCAAACUGAAAGAAUAAUGUGCAUGGGAAGAAAAAGGUAUAGCAUAAAAAGAGCUUGAGAAAUGAAUCUCAUUUGGAGAUUUCAUAAAAGGGGGAUAAGAACGGGUGAAUUUUAAAGAGCCCACCUAAUCACUGUUCGGAGUAUAUACAGCAUCUCCUGGAACUUGGUUUGUUCACAUAUUCAUGCAGAGCAGGUUUAGAUGACAGGUGCGUGGGGAUAGGUGAUCCGAGAGGUAUACAUGCAUAGGCUGGGGGAAUAACCAACACCUUCAUGAGGGCAUGUGACCAAUGAAGUUUGGAAUCUACCUAUUUGAGUGAUCGCCUCUUCCCCCCGCCCUCCCCAUGACGUACUGCCACAGCGGGGGUAAUUAGAAGCAUUUGAGCUGAACCCUCCUUAAGAGGAGGCUCUUUGUAAGGGUCCUGGGAUUAUGGAACAUGCACUAAAAUAGCCCAGAUUUGAUGACUUUCAGCAUGUUGCAAAAGCCAUUAUUUGAGAGAGAUUUUUGGAGACCGUUGAAGGAAAGUUCCUGAUACAGUAAGGGAUGGAAAGGAUCUGUUUUCUCACGCUGGUGCGCUGAGUUUGUUAUAUAGAUAAGAUUUUGUUAAAAAGGCUUGUGGGUGCUUAGACCCAGAUCCUCAAUGGUAUUUAGGAACCUAAUUCCCAUUAAUUUCAGUGCAAGUUAGGUGCUUAAAUACCUUUAAGGACUUGGGCGUAAGUGAGGGCGUAUCUUCA